UGGAAGAACUUGUUGGCAGCCUGCUUACCAUCACGCUGGCUUUUAUAAUGAAAAAGGAAAAUAUUUCUGCUUUUAAUGAUGGCAGCCCCAGAAAUGGAGGUGGAGGUAGAGCCAGAUCUCAGAGGUCCUGAGAUAGUCACCAUGGGGGAAAACGACCCGCCCGCGGCGGAGGCUCCCUUCUCCUUCAGAUCACUUUUCGGACUUGAGGAUUUGAAAAUAAGUCCUGUUGUACCAGACGCAGACGCGGUCGCGGCGCAGAUCCUGUCCCUGCUGCCACUGCGUUUCUUCCCCAUCAUCGUCAUUGGGGUCAUUGCCCUGAUACUGGCGCUGGCCAUCGGGCUGGGCAUCCACUUCGACUGUUCCGGAAAGUACAGGUGUCGCUCGUCCUUCAAGUGCAUCGACCUGACGGCUCGAUGUGAUGGGGUCUCCGACUGCAGAGACGGGGAGGACGAGUACCGGUGCGUCCGUGUGAGCGGCCAGAGCGCCGUGCUGCAGGUUUUCACAGCUGCUGCCUGGAGGACCGUGUGCUCUGACGACUGGAGAGGUCACCACGCUAACGUCGCCUGUGCCCAGCUGGGCUUUCCAAGCUACGUGAGUUCGGACACCCUCAGCGUGGGCUCGCUCGAGGAGCGGCUCCGGGAGGACUUUGCGUCCAUCAAUCAUCUCCUGCCCGACGACAAGGUGACAGCUCUGCACCAUUCUGUGUACGCGAGGGAGGGCUGCGCCUCGGGCCGGGCGGUCACCCUGCAGUGCACAGUCUGUGGUCUGAGAACGGGCUACAGCUCGCGCAUCGUGGGUGGAAACGUGUCCUCACUCAUGCAGUGGCCGUGGCAGGCCAGCCUUCAGUUCCAGGGCUACCACCUGUGCGGGGGCUCCGUCAUCACCCCCGUGUGGAUUGUCACCGCCGCGCACUGUGUCUAUGACCUGUAUCUCCCCAAGUCCUGGACGAUCCAGGUGGGGCUGGUGUCCCUGCUGGACAGUCCCGCCCCUUCCCAUCUGGUGGAGAAAAUCAUCUACCACAGCAAGUACAAACCCAAGAGGCUGGGAAACGACAUCGCGCUCAUGAAGCUGGCCGGGCCGCUCACCUUCAGCGACGCGAUCCAGCCCGUCUGCCUGCCCAACUCCGGAGAGAACUUUCCGGAUGGAAAAAUGUGCUGGACGUCAGGAUGGGGAGCCACAGAGGAUGGAGGGGACGGCUCCCCCGUCCUCAACCACGCAGCCGUGCCUUUGCUGUCCAACAAGAUCUGCAACCACAGAGACGUGUAUGGUGGCAUCAUCUCGCCCUCCAUGCUCUGUGCCGGCUACCUGAAGGGCGGCGUGGACAGCUGUCAGGGCGACAGCGGGGGCCCGCUGGUGUGUCAGGAGCGGAGGGUGUGGAAGCUGGUGGGGGCGACGAGCUUCGGCAUCGGCUGUGCCGACGUCAACAAGCCCGGGGUCUACACGCGCAUCACCUCCUUCCUGGACUGGAUUCACGAGCAGAUGGAGAGGGACCUGAACACCUGAACAGGAGGGGACCGGAUGCCACCUUGACUUCCUGCCUGACCGAGACGCCCCGCCCUUCCACGGGUCCCUGGGUGGAGACUCCCAACGGGAGGCGGGGCCUUCCGUGCUCUUCUUUCUGGCGGCGCCCGCAGAGCCAAAGGAAGGAGCAGCUUUCCGCCCCUCCGCGUCUGGAACCGCCCGCCUCCGGCUCCUCCACAAGCUGCCGGGGGCCUCGGCUAACGUGACCUUUGUGCUCUGUGACCUUCGCUGAGAACAGAAGCGGAAACGCCUCCGUGGUGUGACCUUGUCCCCCUCGUCCAUUCCGUUUUCUCUGCCCCGGGGCACAGGCGAAUCCCACACAAACAACACGGGAACUCAGUAAGGACGCGCGCCAGAGCCGUGGGGUGCGACGCCGCUGUCUGCGCGUCUUUAUCCCGAGGCGCCGGACCAACUCAGAGCUUCCUACUUCCAAGGUCCCGGUCUGCAUGUGGGACCUUCAUCUGCGAGGGAUUAGUGGCAAAGUUUAGCUCUAUUCUUCCUUCGUCGCUGUUGGUGCAUUAUUUGUCUCUUGUUUCCAAAGGACGCGUGUUCCUGCCACGCAGCCACCAGUCCGCGCUUGUGCGGUGGGUCCUGACCGCUCGUGCGCUGGGCUCCCAACCUGACUGGAGAGUCAGUCCUCCGAUCUCCUCCAUACACGAUGUCCGUUUUGCAUUU